AUGCUCAGGGUCGGACACCUGCUGCUGUUGCUGCUCUUCAGGGGAUCCCUAAUCAAUGCUUCCUGCCUUACAGGUGCCGGGACAGGAGAUGCCACAGACUCCACCUCUGAGGAUAACCUGCAAUCCUCCCCAGAAAAGGGUUGGUGCUCCAUGUGGGGAGCUGGCCACUUUUCCACCUUUGAUGGCCAUCAGUAUAAUUUCAAAGGGAUGUGUAAUUAUGUCUUUACGGCCACCUGCGGGGAUGACUUGCCCACCACCUUUAGCAUCCAGUUGCGGAGAGAUGGGGAUGGGAACAUCUCCCGGAUCAUCAUAGAACUGGGAGCCUCUGUGGUUACUGUGAACAAAGAAACCAUCUCUGUCAGGGACAUUGGGGUUGUUAGCCUGCCCUACACCAGCAAUGGCCUCCAGAUCACGCCAUAUGGCCAGAGCGUGCAGCUGGUGGCCAAGCAGCUGGAGCUGGAGUUAGUCGUCAUGUGGGGUCCAGACGCCCACCUUAUGGUCCUGGUAGAGAAGAAGUACAUGGGCAAGCUAUGUGGACUGUGUGGGAACUUUGAUGGAAAGAUAGACAAUGAAUUUCUCAGUGAGGAUGGCAAACUUCUGGAACCCCAUAAGUACGCUACACUUCAGAAGCUAGAUGACCCCAAUGAGAUCUGUGCCCAUGAAGCUAUCCCCAGUCCCAGCAUCCUGAAGACCAGAUACGCACAGAUCUGCAACCAGUUACUGACCCUGGUGUCCCCUGGGUGUGACGUGCCAAAGGAGACACUGAUGUUGAGCUGCCAGGAAGACAUGGCUGACUGUGCCCAGCCAGGCCAGCCCAACUGCAGCUGCGCCACACUGUCUGAGUACUCCCGCCGAUGCAGCAUGGCCGGCCAGCCCGUCCGAAACUGGAGGACCCCCGGCCUCUGCCCCAUGAGCCAGUGCCCGGCCAACCAAGUGUACCAGGAGUGCGGUGAGGUCUGCGUCAAGACUUGCUCCAACCCACAGCACAGCUGCUCCAGCUUCUGCACCUUCGGCUGCUUCUGCCCCCAUGGUACACUGCUUGACGAUAUAUCUGGAAACCACUCCUGUGUGCCAGUCAACCAGUGCCCCUGCAUGCUCAAUGGUAUGGUCUAUGGCCCGGGGGAGAUCACAAGGACAGCCUGCCAAACCUGCCAGUGUACCAUGGGCCACUGGACCUGUACAAAGCAGCCGUGUCCUGGCCACUGCUCCCUAGAAGGUGGUUCCUUUGUCACAACAUUCGACGCCAGACCCUACCGUUUCCAUGGCACCUGUACCUACACUCUUCUCCAGAGCCCACAGCUUCCCAAUGAAGGCACCCUCAUGGCUGUGUAUGACAAGUCGGGUUACUCGCACUCAGAGACCUCCUUAGAGUCCAUCAUCUACUUGUCCAAGAAGGACAAAAUUGUCAUCUCAGAGGAUGAAGUGAUCACCAACAACGGGGACACCAAAGUGCUGCCAUACAAGACACACAACAUCACCAUCUUCAGGCAGACAUCUACCCACCUCCAGAUGGCUACCACCUUCGGGCUACAAAUUAUGUUCCAGAUGCAGCCUGUCUUCCAGGUGUACAUCACAGUCGGGCCCCAGUUCAAAGGCCAGACCAGAGGGCUCUGCGGAAAUUUCAACGGAGACACGACAGAUGACUUCACAACCAGCAUGGGUAUUGACGAAGGCACUGCCUCACUCUUUGUGGAUUCCUGGCGUGCGGGGAACUGCCCAGCUGCCCUAGAGCGUGAGACGGACCCCUGCUCCAUGAGCCAGCUCAACAAGGUGUGUGCAGAGACCCACUGCUCCAUGCUGCUGAAGAAAGGCAGUGUGUUUGAGAAGUGCCACAGUGUGGUGAACCCCCAGCCCUUCUACAAGAGAUGUGUGUACCAGGCCUGCAACUACGAGGAGACCUUCCCUCACAUCUGUUCUGCGCUGGGGGCCUAUGCCCAUGCCUGCUCCUCCCGCGGCGUCCUGCUCUGGGGCUGGAGGAACAGUGUGGACAACUGCACUGUGCCUUGCUCUGGCAACCGUACAUUCAGCUAUGAUAGCAAGGCCUGUGACCGUACCUGCCUGUCUCUGUCGGACCGUGAGACAGAGUGUCACGCGAGUCCUGUGCCAGUGGAUGGCUGCAACUGUCCUGAGGGCACCUACCUGAACCACAAGGCAGAAUGUGUGCACAAAGCCCAGUGUCCCUGUCUGCUGGACAGCCACAAGUUUGUCCAGGCUGAUCAGUCAACCAUGAUCAACGGGGUCAUAUGCUACUGCAUCAAUGGGCGUCUGAGCUGUCCACGGCAAGCAGAGAUGUUCUUUGCAUCCUGCCCAGAGCCCAAGACCUUCCAGUCCUGCAGUCAGUCGUCAGAGGACAAGUUUGGAGCUGCAUGUGCCCCCACGUGCCAGAUGCUGGCCACAGGCACUGCCUGUGUACCCACCAAGUGCGAAUCCGGCUGCGUCUGUCCUAAGGGACUCUAUGAAAACAGUGACGGGCAGUGUGUGCCCGCAGAGGAAUGCCCAUGUGACUAUGCAGGGACAUCCUACCCUGGUGGUUCUGAGCUCCAUACAGACUGUAAGACCUGCACCUGCUCGCAGGGAAGGUGGACCUGCCAGCUUAGCACCCAGUGUCCAUCCACCUGUGUCCUCUAUGGCGAAGGCCACAUCAUAACUUUUGACGGACAACGCUUUGUAUUUGACGGCAACUGCGAAUACACGCUGGCCACGGAUGACUGUGGUGCCAACAGCUCACAGCCUACCUUCAAGGUCCUGACAGAGAACGUCAUCUGUGGGAAGUCGGGGGUCACCUGCUCCAGAGCCAUCAAGAUCUCCCUAGGUGGGCUAUCCAUCACAAUGGCAGACGGUAACUACACAGUCAGUGGGGAAGAGCCCCUGGUGCAUCUACAAGUGAAGCCUAGCCCCCUGAAUCUUGUGCUGGACAUAGACAUCCCUGGAAGGCUCAACCUGACACUUAUGUGGAACAAGCACAUGAGUGUCUCUAUCAAGAUCCGCCGUGCGACCCAGGACCCCCUCUGUGGCUUGUGUGGCAACUCCAAUGGGAACAUGAAAGACGACUUCGAAACACGCAGCAAGUAUGUGGCGUCCAAUGAGCUGGAGUUUGUGAACUCGUGGAAGGAAAGCCCACUGUGUGGGGAUGCGAGUUACGCGGUGGAUCCCUGCAGCCUGAAUACCUUCCGGCGCUCGUGGGCUGAGCGCAAAUGCAACAUUAUCAACAGUCAGACCUUUGCCGCCUGCCACAGCAAGGUAUACCACCUGCCCUACUAUGAGGCCUGCGUGCAUGAUGCCUGUGGGUGCGACACAGGUGGGGACUGCGAGUGUCUGUGUGACGCGGUGGCUGCCUAUGCCAAGGCCUGUCUAGACAAGGGCGUGUGUGUGGACUGGAGGACCCCAGACUUCUGCCCCAUCUACUGUGACUUCUACAACAGCCACACACUGGUGGGUGACAGUGGAUACCAGAUAGCUCAGCACAACUGCACGUGGCACUACCAGCCCUGUCUCUGCCCUGGCAGCCUGGGAAGCUUCCCGGACACAAACAUUGAAGGCUGUUACAACUGCUCCCAGAAUGAGUACUUCGACCACAAAGAAGGGACCUGUGUACCCUGUGCACCACCUACUACCACACCACCGCCAACCACCACAGGUUCACAGCCUACUACUGCAACCCCCAUCAGCACCGAGUUCCACAGUUCCAGCUCUACAAGCACACCUGUGGGCCCCUCCUACUUGCCAGGUCUUCCAACCCCACCGCCUUCAGCCCCAUCCUCCACUGAGGAAGGAACAGACUGGACCACUCCCAAGAAAUCCACAGUCUCUUCAGGAGAAUACCCCGAAACCACUGUGGCUACCAGACCACUGACAUCACCUUUGUCUCCUACGUCUAUACCGAAGUCAACACCCACAAGGCCCGCAGUGACAGAGGCAACAUCCAAACCCACAGCAUCUUCCCUCAGCUCAUCCACAAAGACCACAGCCGAGUUCACAGAGAGUACCACAGUGACACUGCUAACCUCAGUAAUGACUGGGAUGUCUACCAGCCAAGUGACAUCAACCCAAGAGGAAAGUCACCAUACAGCCACAACAAGUUACUCAAGAGAGACCACAGAGGUACCUCUCACAGGAAGGACUACCAUUACCACACAUCAGUCAUGGUCAAGCAAUAGCCUAGCACCACCUAAAACAAGUACACCAGCUCCUCAGACCUCUUCAGUCACAUCACUGCCAUCACUUUCACCUUCCUCUGUGUCACCAACUUCAGAGGUACACAUCACCCCAACUAGCCCACACAGUCACACAGUCUCCUCGGUUUCUAUGUCUGGCCCAGUGAGCACCAUUCUACAAACCACGAUAGAACAAACACCACCUCCAAACACACCCACAGCUGCCAUUUCCUCAACCAGCGCCACCACCCAAACUCAAAGCUCUUUCUCCACAGAGAGAACCUCUACUUCCCACCUCUCCCAGACUUCCUCCAACACUGUUCAUCCAUCCACAGCAGGACCCACAACCACUGCCACCAAGUCCACCAUGGGAGGAACUGCUACUCCAGUGGUCCACACCACCUCAGGCGCAAGUAGCACUCCCCAGGCUGGGAGUUCCACACACCUUCCCACCACUGCUGCUGUCUCCAGCACAAAACACACCACAGGUGUCUCCUUAGAAACAUCCGUGCAGACCAACACAGCCUCCCCUACACCGUCAGCUCUUCAGACCUCACUGGCCACAACACUUCCCUCAUUUUCAACCUCCUCAGUGACGCAGACUCCUGAGGUAAUUGUCACUCCUACACCCCAACACACAGUUUCAUCCGCCUCUACCUCCACAGCAAGGGCAACCAUUCUUCCCCCCACCCUGGAACAAACUCGGCCUCCUCACUCAUCAGCACCUGUCAUUUACACAACCGGCGCCCUCCCCCAGACCGAAACAUUCUCCACAGGCAGGACAUCCCCCUCUACCUCUCACCUCUCAGAAACAGCUUCAGUGACUGCCCACGGGUCCACAUCAAUUCUAGGGACCUCCAACUCACUUAAGCCAACCGUGAGUUCAACUGGCACACCCGUGAUCCACACCACCUCAGCCACAACCAGCGGCCCUCAGACUCCACGCACCACACACCCUUCACCCACCGAAGCUGUCUCCAGCACAGUACAAACCACCGGGAUCCCCUCAGGAACAUCCAUGCAGACUGCCACCAACCUCCCGACCCAUUCAGGUCCUCAGACCUCACCGUCCACACAAUCCCCACUGAUAUCCACCUUAGCCGUGACACCCACCACUGAGACACUCAACACACCAACCAGCCAACACUCGGUGUCACCGGCCGCUACCUCCACGCCACCGAGGACUGUCCUUCCAACCACCCUGGAAGGCACAAGGCCGCCUCACACAACACCAACACUCGGUGUCACCGGCUGCUACCUCCUCGCCACCGAGGACUGUCCUUCCAACCAAUGGACACACAGCACUAUCACCUUCCACAUUCAUUCCAUUGAGCACCAUUCUCCCAACUACUACAAUGAACGGUACAAGAUCCCCUCAAACAGUACCACCUAUGCCGUCUACUACCAUUGCCAUUACCGAAGCUUUUACCUCAUUUACCACAGCAACAACUUCUCCUUCAGGGCCUCCUGGUACCAGUCCACUGCCCACAUCUGUGUUCCUGAGCCGCAGCACGACUCCCAAUGGAAACUCCUCUCCUUCUACCCCAACAUCGCCCUCCGGUCUGGGCUCCUCAGUCUCCUCACCACCCACAGAUUCAGGGGCCUGCAGCUUGCAAGAAGAGGAGCACCAGAUUACCUACCAGGGCUGUGUGGCAAAUGUGACUCUAACUCGUUGCCAGGGUUUCUGUGCCUCCUCUGUCAGUAUCAAUAUGGACACCCUGCAGCUGGAGACCAGCUGUGGCUGCUGUCAGCCCCUUAG